AUGAGAUCUCAUAAUGAAGAUGUGUUACACAAACUUGAAUUCAAGAAAAUUAUUAAAAAUUCUCCUAAAACCAAUUUUGAAGAAUGCAUAAAUCCUCCAUCUUUAGACGAAAGCUAUUUGUUAGUUAAAUCCAACUUACUAGAUCUAAAUUUCAAAGAAAAUAAGGAAUAAUAAUAAAUUAAUCAAUACCUGAUUGAGAAUUGUGAAAAAUGGAUCGAAACUUAAGAAUCCCCUUAAUAACCAGCAUCUCUUAAAUAAAAAUUUAUCAAAGAAAAAUUUUCACCGUUUUCUCAACUUAUUAAGAUACUCAUUUUUCUAAAGUAUCUGAUAGAUUUUUUUAGCAUUUUGCUCAAUAUUUUUUGUGGAAUAUGUAUCCCUUUCCUUAAUCUCAUAGAAGACUAUGAAAAUAUUAGAAAUACCCUAUAUUUUCUAAUAUCUUUUCAUUUUUUCACCAUAAUAAUUUAAAAUCAAUUCUCCUACUUAUAACUUAUCAAAACAAAACAACCAUUUUGUGAAUAAAAGUUCUGUUUUUUAAAUGAAAUUACUCUAAAAAAUCUAGCAAUUAUAAUUUUGAUGUUAAUUUACCUUUUAGAAAAAGUCGAUUUGGUGCUUGAAAUAAUUUCACUGUAUUAUUUUAAUUUGGGAUAUAAAAUGGUUGAAAUAUUUACUAUUUGUUUAAUUAUUUAAAGAAAAAAAUUUUAUAGAACUCUGGGUAUUUAGAAAGCAAUCGUUUAUUAUAUUUACUUUCUUCAUCUGUUUACAAGUUUUUUUCAAAACUCUAAAGGAGAUGGAGAUUUUUUACUUAAAUAUCAAGAAUCCUUAAUUAUCAACAUUAACUUUUUGACCUUCUAGGCUAAUUAUACUGUCUAAGAUUCGACAUAGAAUUUUGAUGUAAUAAUUAAUUAGAUUACGGCGUUACUUCUAAUGUUUUAUGCAAUAAAUAAUUUAAUUUAGAUUUAAUCUUAUCAGGGUUGUAUUCAAAAUUAAAUUAAAUUUGAUAUUCAUGUACUACAAUUUUACUUUUGGCACCAUAAAGGAUAAAUCUUAAAAAAAUUACGACUUUACUCAGAAAUUUCAAAUAGAGAAAUUAAUAAGGAAUAAUUGGCAUAAAAAGCAAUAAUUAAAAAAAUAUAUUUGUAAAUUUUGAAAGACAAUUUGAAGGUUUUAGAAUUAUUUUCGAAAUAAUUUAAGAUAUGUUUGUCUUCAAAAGUGUAAUCAAUUCGAAGAAACAAAGAAAAACUAAAAAAGGAUAAAAAUGGAUUGUAUCUAAUUUUGAAAGGGAAGGGAUACCAGAAUCUCAGAAGAAUUUUUAAAUGCUAAAAAUAAAUAGAAUCAGAAAAACGUUAUUAUGGACUAAUUAAUUGCUUCUAGAAAAACAUUUCUGAAGUUGAAUUAGAAUUGGAUGAUCAUUUUUUAUUGCUAUACAUUAAGCAAGAAGAUUUUUACUCAAGUCUAACUCUCGAAUAAGAUAUUGAAUCAUAUCAUCUGAUAAAAAAUAAAAUCAUUUUUGAAGGAGAAACAAGUCUAUUAGAUUAUAGAUGUUUGAUUUGUAAUCAAUUUCAUUUAGAAGGAAGAUGUAAAGUUAUAAAAUUAGAAGUAAAUCUUAAUUUGCUUAAUGAACUUAACAUUCGAAUGAAGUUUAAAAAUAGAUUGAUGAAAAAGAGACAAAGAGCCUUUAAGACUUAUGUAAAAUUCAAUUUGAAUAACAUUUAGGCGAUUCACAAAUAGAAUGGCGAUGCAACUAUAGAUUGGAGUGAGAGCAGCGCAAAUGAUAGUUGUGAUUAAUUUGAAAUACAUCCUGAAGAUGGCAGCACAAGUCAAAAAUUUACAGAUAAAAACUCAGUAACAAGUAAAGGAAAUGAUGGAUUUGCAGAUUUUAAUAAACUUUAUGAAAAAUUUCGGAAUUGCCACACUUAACAAUAGGCAUCUAAUCACUCAAGUUAAUAUAUGGGAGAAAUGAUUCGAUCUGAUUUUCGAAGCAUUCCUUUACAAUCCUCCUAAUAUAAAUUUUAAGAGAUAUUAGCUGUUGAUGACAUUGAUUCUCUAAAAGAGUAUGCAUAUUUUUAUCCAGAAUUCAACAUUAGCUACAUCAUAAAGCUAUUUGAAAAUUGA